UUCAAUUCAUGUUUCUUCUUCUAUUGUAGGUUCAUGGGUUCGCCAAAAGCAUAUUCCAUCGAGCUACUAAGAACUUCAGUCACGCUCAUUCUCGUCAUUUCUCUCAGUCUCGCAUUCUUUCCAUGUAAUUCAGUUGCAUUAAAAGAUCAGAGGAAGCAGAAGAAGAUGGUAAUGGGUUCAAAGCCUCCAAGUUGCUUCAACAAAUGCUUUACCUGCAAGCCUUGUAAGGCCGCUUUGGUUAUCAUUUAUCCACACAGAAGAAAUGAUGUUCAUAGCAAUAAGGAUUCAGGUGGUCAGGGAGGUGAUGAAGGAUACUAUCUUCUCUCUUGGAAAUGCAAAUGUGGUAAUAAGUUCUUCCAACCAUGAAACCCAAUAAUUAAUCAAAUAAUACUCACUGAUAGGUUUGGUUUUUUAAUUAAUUUAUGUAUAUGUAGUGCCCAUAUAUUAUAUAUUGUAAUCAUUAUGCGUGAGAAAUUAGUUUAAGUGAUGAUGUGUUACGUAGUAGGUAUCGAAGUAACUUGUAGUAAACAUGAGUAAGAUCGCUAAGUUUAUCUG